AUGGUUAUGAGAAAAGCUCUCCCCAGCAAUGCUCGCCUCGAUAACUCCGCUAGUAGCAGCCGACCGUCUGAUUCGCUUCAAGACGAGCAUUCGCAAAUAGAGGGCUGGGCAAGGGAAGACUGGCGCUCCGAUUCUAAUGAUAUCAAUGGUCGCAUUCCGAGACAAGCUCACCAACAAUUUGGCUCUUCUCCCGAGCCCGCGCUGGCGGAUGUACCCGACGUGUUGCGUCCUGGCGCGGCACCAACGACGCCCGGAAGCAGCUUCUUCAACCACGAAGGUCCAGAGGAAAAUGUUUGGAGGGACGAAAGCCCGAGGCUGCUCUCGCAGCAGGUGACAGGCAACAGCAGUGGUGGACAUCAGCCCGGGAUCGGAGGUACAAACCCGGCCACGAUGAGCCUUUCAAGUGACGUGCCAGAGGCCCUCAGGCCAGGCGGUGCAGGUGUAACAAAGCACAACACAAACCCCUUCAAGAGAAAACCGGCACCGGGCUCUGCAGCCUUGGCGAACCAUAUCGUACCAUCAGUGACACUAACGUCGCCUACACCGCCCUCGGCUCCGUUCGCUCAAUUGAGCAUCACGCCUAGCGAUGGGAAUAAUAAUCCAUGGCGGCCAGCUCUGGACGAGAGCAACAACAUUGUUGAGACGCGCAAAGAGCCCUUCGUUUUCUCUAGCGCGGACGAUCGGGAGCUAGGUAGGGAUGUCUGGUCGUCUGUCGCAGAAAACUCCCAAGACAACCGGUCAACCAGUGCAAAGACAGUAACACCUUCACACGACGGUCCUGGAUCUCCAGCCUUGAUUUCAUUCCCAACAGAGGAGGAGGGCUCGUCUGCAUGGGGUGAGGCAACGCGGCCGCCCCCGCCCGCCAAGGUGGUUCACUCUGCUGGAGGCGCUGACGACGAGCUGGUUGAGGGCAGUCACGCCUGGGACGACCUUGGAACUCGCAACAAAGGCAAGGGGCCAGUCAUCUCCAACAUAGCUGCCAACGUCAGCCAGACGAGUGAAUGGAACCUCAUCGAUAACGAUCCAACCCCUGGCGAUUUAUCUCGGCAAAGCACAUGGGAAAACUUUGACGACGCACCGGAGCCCGGCACUGGAACGGCGCCUACGUGCCGGGCCACCACUACGGAUGCCCACGGCGCUAGCUCAACGGACCAGUUUGGCUCAGGUGCGGCCAUGUCCGCUGAUUCAGGUCCAGCACUGCCUCCUCGAACAUCGAGGGAGGCCCAAGCUCCGCAACGCGCCCCUGGUUCUGGAGCAGUCAAGAAUGAGACCUAUCAAAUCAAGAAUAUUAACUGGUACGAUGCCAAUGCAUCAAAGAAUCCACGCACAUCACCCAUACUUGUUCAAAACGCCAACGGCCCAUGUCCCCUAUUAGCACUCGUCAACGCGCUCAGUCUCACAACGCCAGCAGACUCGCAGACGGCGCUGACCGAUACGCUUCGGUCGCGUGAGCAAAUAAGUCUUACUUUUCUCCUCGAUGCUGUUUUCGAUGAACUCAUGUCGCCGAGGCGACUAUCGGAAGACGCUGCCCUCCCCGACGUCACGGAACUAUACGAUUUCCUGAAAGGGUUACAUACAGGGAUGAAUGUGAACCCUCGAUUUUUGCCCACGGAUGAAGUGAUCUCGGCGUUUAAGAGAACGUCACUUACGCAUGUUCACCCCAGCCAACGUAGCGACAGCAAGAUUCCGGGCACGUUUGAGGACACCAAAGAGAUGAGGCUUUACUCGAUUUUCGCCAUUCCGCUGAUCCAUGGAUGGUUACCCUCACAAGAUGACGAGGCCUACGCUGCUUUCAAGAGGCGGGCAGCCUCAUAUGAAGAUGCACAGAAUCUAUUGUUUCGGGAAGAGGAGUUGGAAGACCGACUUACUAACUCGGAUAGAGGUUUGACGGAAGAGGAACAGGGCUUAUACCAGGACAUCAUCACCAUUAAGGGAUUCCUUGAUUCGUCAGCUACGCAACUUACAAGGUACGGUCUAGAGGUGAUCACCGAGGCCAUGAAGCCUGGAUCGGUCGCAAUCCUCUUUCGCAACGACCAUUUCUCUACUCUCUACCGGCACCCGCAAACUCUCGAGAUCUUGACACUGGUGACGGAUGCGGGAUAUGCAGGGCACGCGGAAGUGGUAUGGGAGUCUCUUGUGGAUACCACUGGCGAAAGGGCCGAGUUCUUCUCGGGCGAUUUUCGCCUUGUGGGUGGCGCAGGUGAAAAUCAAUACAAAACACAAAACAGUUCACAACAGCACAGCAGCUCAUCGGGCUCGAGCUUAGACGCUGCUGGCACCUGGCAGACGGCCAGGGGGCGACGAGGUAGCCGCAGUGGUUCGGGCGGCGAAGGCUCCUCUAGUUCAGCGGCACAACAAGUUCCAAGCUCCCCAAUGACGGAGCAGGAAGACCGCGACUUGGCCCUGGCAAUGCAGUUGCAGGAAGAAGAAGACGAGCGGCACCGUGAGGAACAGCAAAGAAGACAGCGUGAGAGCAUGCUGUCGGAGCAGUAUAUCGAGCAACAGGCGCAGGGGCGUCACCAGGGCGGAGGUAAUACAAGCCCCGCAAUUAGCAAUGGCGGACGUCGGCGGACAAGUUCUGGGGCGGUGUCUGUACCUGUGACAGGCGCAUCAGCCAGGCCGGCUCCCAUUACUCAGGUUGUCCGGCCGCUAGUGCCUGCUCCGGUCGUGUCGAGGCCGCGAGUGAACAGACCGGUAGAUGAGAAUGCUACCGAGGAGGCUCCUCCGACAUAUGAGCAAGCGUCGAAGCAGGAGGCUUACAUUCCUCCCGAGGGUCAUCCGAGCCAUCCGGCGAGCAGUCCAGUUCCACCGGGAUCUCCGAGUGCCAGCACAACAACUGCGGCACCGGGGGCUCCUGUUACGGGUAUCCGGCCGCCAGGGAUGAGACCGAAUGGACGGGUGGCCCCCGGGUCAUAUCCACAGUCGAACAGUAGUGCCAGCUCGGCAGGGCGUGGAGGUCCGCAUAGGCCUGGGGUUCCGGUUGGCGGGGGUCCUGCGGGUCUCCCCGCGAGGGAGCGGGAUUGUGUCGUGAUGUGA